UAGAUGUUGUCACUCACCACAUAUACAAUCUUGGACCAGGUAUGAUCCACCUUGUACAAUCCAGUAUUUGGAUCAUCUAGGAGCUUAAGACAUGAAAGAAGGUUCGGACUUGACGAUCAUUUUUCUCUAUGUAGGAGUUGAUGAGCAUCUUGUCGAAAAGAUUCUCGAUCCAUCUGUUCUCGAAGGUGAGUCCGAAACAUUCAGCGGCCUCCAUAACAUCAUCAAGAGUUCUCCAACUUCAGCAGUGGCCUGGGUGGGUGAGGCCGGAGGAGCUUACAACAGCGGCCAUCCACUUGUUACAAAUGCAUUUGUGUUCAGUUUCUGGUAUUUAGAUCAACUCGGCAAGGCAUCCAAGUAUGAUACGAAAACGUAUUGCAGACAGUCACUGGUUGGUGGAAAUUAUGGUUUACUAAACACCACCAACUUUGAACCAAAUCCAGACUACUACAGUGCUCUUCUUUGGCACCGGCUAAUGGGAAGAAAUGUUCUUUCGACAAGCUUCAACGGUACUGAAAAGAUCCGCUCAUACACUCACUGUGCAAAACAAUCAAAAGGCAUCACAGUACUACUGAUCAACCUAGACAAUAGCACUACGGUCAGGGCAAAGCUUGCGUUCAACAGCACAUUAACCUUGCGACACAUGUACCGGUCUCGUAUUUCGCACCAUAAGCACAGAAUCCAUAAAACAACGAUCAUCAAGCUGCCUAAAGGCAUCUAUUCUAGACUAAGAAGAGAGGAAUACCAUCUAACAGCAAAAGACGGAAAUUUACAGAGCCAAACUAUGCUACUCAACGGAAAAGUUUUAAGUGUAAAUUCUUCGGGGAUCAUACCUCCAUUGGAGCCUUUACAUGUUAUUUCUGCGAAGCCGAUAAUGGUUGCUCCUUUAUCCAUUGUGUUCGUUCACAUGCCUGGUGUUAUUGUCCCUGCUUGCAAGGUUCAGCCGUAG